AUGUCAGCCUCCGCAAUUUUCGGUUGCCGCCUUGUCGCCGCUCCCCCGGCCCGCUCAUUCCCCGGCGCCAAAACGGCGUCGCCGUCGCGCGUGGAGUACGGAGGCCUGGUGAUAGAGAAUUCAUCGCGGCCGCAGAAGAAAGCCACGGCGCAUCACAGGAAGUCAAGGCCGAAGAAGACUCAGCCCUGGGAUGUCAAGCGUGGUCCGGCUGUGUACCCUCCGCUGCCGGAAAUGCCGCCGGAGUGGACUCUCGUCUCCGAAGAUAUCGCUGCUGCUGAUACAACUGUGGAGGCCGAAGCUGAAGCUGUUGCAGCCUGA